AUUGUGUUUUUAUUGUGCUUUUGAUUUCUGGGGUUUUUUUAUUCUAAUGAGGAAAGGAUCAAAAACCAACUGCAAGUCAGUAACCCGCAAACUCUUCAAGGACAAGGCAAAGAACCGGGUAGAUGAUCUUCAGGGAAUGUUCUUGGAUUUGCAGUUUGCGCCGAAGGUGAGCCGCAACGUCUAUCCUACGGUCCUUGAAGAGCAAGUCCAUCAGAUGCUCCGUGAAUGGAAACCCGAGCUCAAUGAACCUUCUCCAGCUUCUUCAUUGCAACAAGGCGGAAGUCUUGGUUCAUUUCCACCAGACAUUUGUCAGCUGUUGCAGCUUUACGAGGGGUAAGCUGAUGCAACUAGUAUAUUGUCUGUGCUAAAGCCUGAGCCUGAUAAUCAAAACCUGCAAGUAGGAGACACUGCUGCUUUCCAAGAGGUGAUUUCUUUUUCCCAUUGGAUUAUUCG